AUGUCGGGUGCCGUGGGCCGUGAAGCAGUCUUCCCGACUCGCCAGUCGUUGGGGUUGAUGAAGGGUAAGCUGAAGGGUGCGGAAACCGGCCACAGCUUGUUGAAGAGGAAAAGUGAAGCUUUAACCAAGCGUUUCCGAGAGAUCACUCGCCGGAUCGAUGAAGCAAAACAGAAGAUGGGGCGUGUCAUGCAAAUCGCCGCCUUCUCCCUUGCAGAAGUGAGAUACGCUGUUGGAGGAGAUAUCGGCUAUCAGAUCCAAGAAUCCGCCAAGCAGGCUCGAUUCCGUGUACGGGCCAAGCAGGAGAACGUAUCUGGUGUUUUCCUACCUCAGUUUGAGAGCUACACAGAAGACGGCAUCAAUGACUUUGGUUUGACCGGUCUCGGAAAGGGAGGUCAGCAAGUACAGCGCUGUCGGGAGACAUACGCCAGAGCAGUCGAGACGUUGGUGGAGCUUGCCAGUUUGCAGACUGCAUUUGUUAUUUUGGACGAAGUGAUCAAGGUCGUCAACCGAAGAGUAAACGCGAUUGAGCAUGUCAUCAUUCCCCGGACUGAAAACACCAUCAAAUAUAUCAACUCGGAGCUCGACGAGCUCGACAGAGAAGAGUUCUAUCGGCUCAAAAAGGUAUCAAAUAAGAAGCAGAGAGAUACUGCUGCUGCAGACGCGGAGAUUCUUGCCGCCAGACAGAAGGCAGCGGAGGAGCAACAAGAUGGUGCUGCCACAGAGCCAGUGCCGGAAGUCGAAGCUCCAGAUGUUCUUGGGGAGCAAGAAGAUGCAGAUGUCAUUUUUUAG